AUGGAGUGAAAGGACAGAGACUGGUGUUUGAAUUUUCCCCCAAGUUGCUGUAGGGAUUUCCUUUUAAGCCGCCUUCAUGAAGGGUUCUGGAUGCAGACAAGAAUCAAAGAUGGUAUUUAACUAAAUGUUGAGGUGGGGAAGUAGGACACUCCAAUCACGAGCAAAGCGAAGAAGAGAUCGUGAUGCACGAGCACAUGCAGUCACAUUUAAGGAUUUUUGUGUUUUGGAUGUAGGAGCAGAGACGCAGGCUGUCUUCUCACGCUUCACAGCCAGUCUUUCUUCAACAAAGGUGGACAGAGGCAGAGGGCAGGAGGAGGGGGGGUCCAGCACAGAGGUGCCCCCUGUCUUCAGACACCUGCAGCUGGCUACUGCUGACAUUGAGGACAGUGUUCGACUGUGGCUGUGCAUGAGUGUGUGUGCAUGUGAAUGAGUCAAAAGGACAGAGAAAGAGUGAGGAGAGGUUUCAGUGCUAUGCCCAUGCCUCUGUGUUAGUGUCAGGAAUCAGAACAGUCUUCAUACCAACCGUUGCAUCUGUGAGCGAGGAGGAGGGAGGACACACUGUCACAGAGCAGCGAGACGUUUGUAGGGGAAGACUCACACUGCUCAUGCCCCUGGUCUCCUCUCUGAGGGAUGGGCACCACAGAGGCGACUCUACGAAUGGAGAACAUGGAAGUGAAAGAUGAGUGGCAGGAUGAAGACUUCCCCAGACCUUUGCCAGAGUACGAAGACAUGGAUGCCUCCUGUGGUCUCACAGACGACAGAGGCUCCCCCCCUAACUCCCUGAAUGUGAACCCACCUGGAGGAGGAGGAGGAGGAGGGUCUUCGUCCAGCCGUAAACGUCGUACGUUGCUGGCCCCAGACAUGAACCUCUCCCUGGAUCACAGCGAGGGAUCUCUGCUGUCAGACUCUGCUGACGACUUCCUGGACACACCAGACGACCUGGACAUUAAUGUUGACGACAUUGACACUCCGGAUGAGACAGACUCACUGGAGUUCAUCACCAAUGGCAACGAACUAGAGUGGGAAGAUGACACACCAGUGGCCUCAGCCAAAGCAGGUCCAUGUGACGGCUCAGUAGAAGUGGAUGAAGAUGGGAACCCCCACAACGGACGCCUCUGGAGAACAGUGAUCAUUGGAGAGCAGGAGCAUCGUAUUGACAUGCAGGUCAUCAGACCUUAUAUGCGGGUCAUCACACAUGGAGGUUAUUAUGGAGAAGGUCUCAAUGCCAUCAUUGUGUUCUCUGCCUGUUACCUGCCUGACAGCAGCUGUCCAGACUAUCACUACAUGAUGGAAAACCUCUUUCUGUAUGUGGUGAGCAGUCUGGAGAUGCUUGUGGCUGAAGAUUACCUGAUCAUCUACAUGAACGGAGCAACUCCUCGCAGUAAGAUGCCUGGGAUCAGCUGGCUUAAGAAAUGUUACCAGAUGAUUGACAGAAGACUGAGGAAGAACCUGAAGUCUUUGGUCAUCGCUCAUCCCACAUGGUUCAUACGCACUGUCCUGGCUAUAUCCAGGCCUUUCAUCAGUGUGAAGUUCAUGAAUAAGAUCCAGUAUGUCCACAGUCUGGAUGAACUGGCAGAAAUUGUCCCCAUGGAGCAUGUUCAUGUCCCAGAGUGUGUGGUGCAAUUUGACGAGGAGAGGAUUAAAGUCAGGAGGGAAAGGAUGGAGCAGGAGCAGAGACAGCAGGAGCAUCAGCAGUCAGUCCCACAGGAGACAAUGAAAAAGUCUGCAAGGCCAAAGUCAGUGCUUGUGGAUCAAGGCUUAUGAGAAGAGGACAGAACUUUGCAGGGUCUGACAGAAGUCUGGAGCAUGACAUCUCUGAUAUAUAUACCUGUAAAAAGCAGAUGGCCAUCACGUCUACAUGUACUCCCUCGUUUAAUCAAUAUACCAACUGAAGAUCACCGCUAUCGGUGAAUGAUCCAUCUCUCUCCAUUCGCUCUGUCUGGACCCUUUGUCGUUCGUUCUUCCAGAGAGCUUCUGACAUCACAAUUUGAAGAUUGUUAAGAGGAGAUGCUGCUGCAUUGAACUGUUUCUUAGUGGAAACUGUUGCUGAGUAAAUUCUUUUCAUUACCUUGCUGUGUGUGCGGCACUGUGACCUUUUGACCAGACGUCAUAACAUGAUCCACAUCAUCAUGAGGAGGCGGAGGCUCUGUAAGGACACAACAUGGACAUAAAUGAUCACUGUAGUCUACUAAAAUUAAAAGGAUGACACAUUUUUUGCCACAUCGUUUUGUUUAAUAAUUCUACAGCUUGUCAUUAGUGCAAACAUAGAUGUAAGUCCAAAUUUUUUAACAACAUUUAUGACCUGACAAUAGGGAUGUGUGAUAGAAGCUGAUACUGAAGCCUGUGCAGGUGGGAGGUCACCAGACAACAGUGGUCACAUGAUGGUGGUGUUUGGUACAUGUCAUUUACAUGUUUGUCAUUCGAAUAUAUAUAUACAGUAAUGAUGGUUGUCAAACAGAUCAGAUGCCUUCCUCUUUAUUAUUGUGUUUUAUUUGCCGUGACUCAUUUUCAAAUGCUGUAUUUUGCUGUAUGAACAUUCAUCAACAUAUGAACUAUUCUGUCAUGUUUCCAACAAAAAGAAACUGAGACAUGAACAUCUAAAAGAAUCCUAUAAUGUGACACUGAGAAGCAAUUACUCUUGUGUGUCAUGAAUAUGUGUCCACACAAACAGAUGUCAUACAUCACAAUGAUGUUCUUUUAGAAUGUGACAGUUAAGCAUCACAUUAAGAAUACUUUCUAUGCGUGGAAAUUAGAGAUACAAACCUAAAAUAUAAUGAAUAAUGUGUGACGUCCGUGUGACCACAAAGUAACAAAUGUUGCCCAUUUGAUUUUCAAAUUCUAAAAUGUAGUGCAUAUUUUAAAGAGAAAGUGUUUCUUGUUAUAUAGUUUGAUCAUUAAGGCGCAGCUGAGCUGUAUUAUACAUUUAAUUUUGCCAUCUUUUUUAUUAUUUUUUGCAGAAAUGUGUUCUUACCACUAACCAUAUCAGCUCCAACAGAAAGGGCCCAUACUAAGAGAUUCUGAUAGGAGUGCAGACAGACUAUGUCAAUGCAGCCGACGCUGAGUCUCAUUUGCCAUUUAAAUUUUUGUUUGCAUGCAUAGUGUACAUGGGGCGGACCGUCCUUUAUUUUUGUCACUCGACUUAUUGUAGCAGCAGAGAAAUUUUAUUUUUGUAAAGAACUGCACACUGUGUUGCCUGUUAGCUGUUUUUUUCUUGCACUGUUGUCCCAUAAUGUCGGAUUUACAGACUAUGUGGUAGAUUUACGUUUAGGAGGUGAUGAGUUAUUUUUGUUGUAGAGAAGAAUGACUGUCGUGUAGUUUAUAGCUGUUAGGACAGCAUGCACAUGCGUAUAUGCAUCUUUUACAUGUCAUUACAUGUACAUCUUUCCUAUAGAACAAAUGAAACUCCGUCUUUUUUCUGCAGUAGUGAUGUUUCUCUUGUUUUGUUGCCUUUUCAUUGUGGGAAAAAUACUUUGACACCAUUAAACAGAGCGACAGUUGCAUCAGAAAUGUUGUACCACAGCAGACACUGCUUAUCAUAGCGAGGGCUGUUCUGUCGUUGGUUUUUUGUUUUUGUUGUUGUUGUUUUGGCUGAACUGAGUGCCUAUUUUUGAACCAAAUGUUUAAAAGAAAUCCAUGAAGGAAGUGAAUGAAUUUAAAAUGUAGCCUUUGUGUUUUUAGUGUUAGGAUUUCAUGGUUUAGUCUAUCAAGUUAUAGCCAUUGUCAGUGACAAGGUUUGCAUAUAACUGAGGUUAACUUUCCAAAAUUAAAAUAUGAAUUCUCACUAUUAAAGCACAAUAUGUCGAUUGCUACUAAUUGUCUGCCUAGCAUUUCUCUGCUGUAAACAUUUGCUCAGAUUCAAGGGGAUUCAAGAUUAUCAAUAAUUAGUGUUUCUGAUGUUUAUUCUGUUACCAUGAUUGAUUCUUCCAUGUAAAUAAAGCCGAAUAAACCAUUCCUUCUGAAUUCA